AUGUCUCUACGAGACGAGUGGUGUCGCCUUGUGGAGGAGGUAGCUGGCAUCAACAGCACCGAUCCGCUGCCACGAGAAUACACCCCAGUAGAGUACCUGCCGGGCGGACGCGAAAUACCAGAGGCGGUGCUGCAGCAUAUCCGCGCGGCUGCUGCUGAGUUUGAUGUGGAGUCGCGUGCCCUCUUUCACCCGCAAAUGACGCCUGAAGAGGGGUAUCGUGCAGCACCGGCAGUGAGUUCGCAAGGCGCCUUUGCCUCCUCACUCGUUAACCCGGAGGUGAGCGGCAGUAACAACAACGACGAACUGGGGAACAACAAGGGUAACAAGCGCAAUGGCAGCGGCAAUGACGAGAAGCCACUCGCAUUGAUGUCGGGGGGGCCGAAUUUCUUUGAGGCUUACCGCAGACAUGCGACGGCGGGGGCGGUGACAGAUGCAAAAGGGAAUCGCAACAGUGUAUCCUCGGUGGUCGCCAAUGCCGCAGCGGGGUCUGGUGUUGCCCGAUCACUCGGCAGCGCCUCUCGUCUUGCCUCUGGAUUUUUGUUGCCAGAGUACUACUCCCAGAAGCACCGUCAGCCCGAUUUUAUUCCUGUCAUCCUUGUUCCUGCCUCCGUUUCAUCGUUGUUGCAGCUCUUUAACAUUCGAGAGUUUUUGGAGCGCGGGAUCUACAUUGACCCACCCACGCAGUUUGUGGAUGCCGAGACAGGAGCUGUGAAUGUGCAGGAAAACAAACCGGACACUGUCAUUGUGACCCCAGGCAGCUUCUUGGAUGCUGACAAAUACACCGUGGCGUACAAAAUGUUUCGUGUAGUGGAUGACCCCAAACAGGUAAAAAAUUGGCAGCAUGUGUGUGCCUGCAUUGUGGAUGGUCACGAAUGGCAGUUCCGUGGGUGGUUUCCUAACGAAACUGUUCCCAUACCCGUAAGUGAACUCUUCCAGCGAGUCUGUGGUUUCUUACCCUAUCUUGAGGAAGAGAAGCUGCCCACGGCAUUGCAGCAGUGGCACGUCAAGCCACUUCCGCUGACGCGUCGCGUUGUUAAAUCGCAUGCACACAUUCUUCAAGCUUCUGUUUUCUGGGAGCACUUGUACACGUUCUUGGAGACACAUCCCUUUUUCAAGCUGUUCACGGUGCCACUUGACUGA